CCUCAUUCCGCCUCUCAGCAUCAAAUACCCCUUCUCGCCGACAGCUUCGCCACGCCAAAGAGACACAGCGCAUCGCCGCCCCAGCGCCGUCGUCUCUCGCGCCGCGCUCGCCCAGGCACGAGGCUGGCCUCUUGCCCGCGCGACAAGGGCCGCCGGCAUCAUGGCGACGCUCUCCGCCGCAGAGCUGACGCUCGUGCUGCUGCACGCCACGGCGCCCGAUGCACGGCGCCUCUCCAUGGCCAACGCGCAGCUGGAGCAGUGGGAGAAUGCGGAGCCCACGCUCUGGGCGCGCCUGCUCGACAUGGCCUUUGACGCACAGCUGCCCCUCGAUGCCGCCGUGCUAGCCCACGACGGCAGCGAGGAGAGUGCAAGACGCACUGCCGUGCGCAGCAUGGCCAUCAUUCGCUUCAAGAAUGGCAUCGACAAGCACUGGAGGAGCCGCGUCGCCGGUCGCGGUCAUGUCACGAUUGCAGCAGAGGAGAAGGCGCGCCUGCGGACCCGCCUCUGGGCCUGCCUCGACGAGCACAACAAGACGAUCGCUCUGCAGACGUCGAUUGCCAUCACGCGCAUCGCGCGCUACGACUAUCCGACUGCAUGGCCGACGCUCUUCGACGAGCUGACGCGCUCGCUGUCCGAGGCGCAUGCGGUGCAGUCGAGCUCUGCGCAGGAAGCGGAGCGCGACCAGGCACGCCUGAGACUGCUGCGCGGGGCCGAUGUGCUGCAGCGCGUGCUCAAGGAGCUCGGCACCGUCAGGCUGCUGGCCGGCAAGAUCCGCAUGACCGAGCUGGCAAAGGCAUUUCUGCCGCAGCUGCACUACGUGUUCCAGCGCUUCUUCGUCGAGACGUUUCCGUCGUCGCCCGACUCGAUGUCGGAGGCGGAUCUGGCUGGCUGGGCAUCGACACCUGCGCUUGCAGACCGCGUCAGGACAAGCCAGCUGCUGCUGCGCGCCGUGAUGCAUCUCGUGCUCGCCGAUCCCGGCCUGCUCACGACACAGGGCUCCUCUGAGGGCGGCGCGUCGCAGAACCAAGCGAUGCAGGUCUUUGCCGCUGCUCCCGCUGCGCUGUCCUGCCUCAGCAACACGCGUCUCGCCUACCUACGCCUCUUCCGCAGAGCGUCGGCCGCCGAGCAGCAGACGCACCUGCCGCUCCUCGCCAACCUGACAAAGCACGUGCUGGCGUUCGGCAAGCUCUUCGUGGCGCUCAUCGGCCGGGACCGGUCUCAGGCCAGCCGCUGGAGUGGCUGGUCCGACGUCGCCGGUUGGUACUGGGCCACCGCGCGCUCCGCGCCUAGCGACACGACGAGCGUCGCGCGCGACUCGGCCACCUCCGUCGAGGCCUUUACGCUUGAUCAGCCGCCACGCUUCGUCGUGCAAGCGCUGGUGCUGAUGAAGAUGAGCCUCAACGGCUGGAAGCAAAGCCCGCCUGCGCCCUUCAACUCUCGCGACUUCUUCACCGAGGUCGUCGAGGUGCUGGUGGGGCGGCUGAUGCGCCUGACGCCGGACGAUCUGGCUCGAUGGGAGGCGGAUCCGGAGGACUUUGUCAAGGAGGAGCAGAGCGAGGCCAUCGACAUCGACAUCCGGCCCGCCGCAGAGCGGCUAUUGAUGCUCGCUGCGCGCUACAGUCAGCCACCGCACCUGGUCGGCGAGCUACUCUGGACGCGCUUCGAGAGUGCGGCCGGACUGCCAAUCGCGGACAUCGAUGCUGUGCUGCAGCGAGACGCCGUCUACGCCGCCGUGGGACGCUGCCGCGAGUACCUCUCCGAAGAUGCGCGCGCGCUCAUCGGGCAGCGCUGCGGCGAGCGUCUGGCGCGCGAGGCCAUGCUGGGGCCCGAGAGCGGCAGUAGCUGGGUCAUUGUGCGUCGGCGCGUGGCGUGGCUCUUCUGGGAGUGGUCCGAGCUCGUCACGACGGCGCACCGUUCGGCAGUGUACGCGGCGCUCGUGUCGCUGCUGGAGGAUCACGCAGGCAUCACGGAUCUCGCGGUGCGCCUGGAGGCCGCGCGCUCGUUGGGCGCACUGGCCGACUCGCUCGAGUUCGACGCCGACACAUUUGAGCCACACAUUGAGGCGGCGCUCGGCGGACUCGCUCGUCUGGUCGCCGCGUCCGAUCUGCAAGCCGUUGACUCCAUCCGCACCUGCACCAACUCGCUGAGCGUGCUGACAGAACGCCUGGGCGCACGCAUCACCCCUUACGUCGAGACUCUCGUUGGGCUCGUGCCUGCACUCUGGGCCUACGACGAUCCGCAGUUCCUCUCCAAAAGCAGCAUCCUCUCCUUUGUCGGCAAGAUGCUGCAUGCCAUUCAGCUCGUGCCCUAUUCGGAGAACGGGCCUGCGGUGAGAUUGCACGCCGUGGUGGAGCCGCUUGUGCGCUACAGCUUGACCGAUCAGGCCGCUUCGCCCAUGAUCGGCAAGGACGCGCUGCUGCUCUGGAUCCGUGCGCUGCACUCUGCGCCACAGAUGACACCGGCUCUGUUCGGCCUGCUCGAGCUGCUGCCGACGCUGCUGGAGCAGCCCGACUUUUGCGCCGAGGCGUCUCGCGCCUGCACCGAGUAUGCACUGCUGUGUCCUGCCGAGCUGGCGCAGCAUCACGGCACGGGCCUCUUUGCCGCGUUUGCCAGCAUCCUCUCCGACCCGCUCAAUCCCGCCAUUCUGUGCCCCGUCAGCGCCCUCGACAGUCUGUUGCAGUCUCUGUCUGCGCAUGGCGCGGCCGGCAGCUAUUGGCCGCAGCUUGCAGACGCCAGCAACGUCUUUGCGCUGCUCGUUGGCACUCUGCUACAGGUCAAGGAGUCGCCUGUCAUCGCAGGCCACAUCGUUGCACUGCUGGCGCGCAUGGCCGUGCAGUCCCCCGAGCGCUCCUUCAUCGCGCUUCUCCGCUCCGCCGGCCCAAAGCUGGGCCAUCAGCCAGCCGACGUCGGCCGAGGCGUGAUCAUGCCGCUGGUGCAGGAGUGGUGCGACCGCUUCGAGAACAUGGCCUCGGCACGCCGGCGCAAGAUUACCUGUCUGGGCCUGGCGGCGAUGCUGCGCGCCGCGCGGGCAGGUGAGGAUGCGGAGGUGUUCGAGGCCGUGCCCGCCAUGGUCGCGCUGUGGUCGGACGCCAUGAGCGAGUUCAAGCACGAGCCGCGCACCGGCGGCACGAGCAAGCAGCAGCUAACGCUGCGUGUUCGCAGCAACAAAUCUCGCUCCACUUCGCCGCCGAUCGUGGCGCUCUCCGACGACGAAGGCGAUGAGCUAGAAGACACGGCGCCUGGCUCGGCGCGCGCCGGCGCGCUGGCGGAUCUGGAUCCGGCCUACACGACCGACAUUGGCGCCGCCGUGUCGGCUGCGCUCAACGAUGCUCAGGCACAGGCAGGCCCCCAUGUCUUUUCGGCGGUAGAUGUCCUCGUGCUCGACAUGCUGCGCGCUGACCUUGCGCAAAGCUGA